UAUUGGGUCACUGCGGGGCAGGUGGCGGGAGGGCAGGCGUGCGCGGCGGAAGGGGACGCGGAACGGGCUCGGGUGUGGAGAGGCACCUCUCUAGCUAGCGCCACCGCCACCUCGGUUGAAGACCCACGAGGCCGCCGCGUCCUGCCUUGAGAACAAUGGGACUCGGCGCGCGAGGUAGCUGGGCCAUGUUUUUCGUGGGGGCGCUGCUGGUGCUAGCGCUGCUGAAGGUUGUUGUGGAUAGCGAAGCCUCAGAGGGAAGUGCCUUACAUGUGCCUUCCAGCAGUAGGAAUGAAUCUUCCAGCAGCCCCAUGAAACCAUCUACAACUUCACUUUCCUCAGUGACCAACACCUCAAAAUCCACAGCAAAACCGUCAACAACUUCAGUUACUUCAGUCACAAAAAGGGUGACAGUCACCACCUUGAAACCCACAACAACUUCUCAAGUGACAACACCAGGGGUCUCAAAAAAUAUGACAUCCACCACCUUAAAGUCUACACCCAAAAUAACAAGUGUUUCACAAAACACAUCACAGGUGUCAACAUCCACGAUGGCCACAACCCACAACAGUUCGGUGACAUCUGUUCCUUCAUCAGUAACAAUCACAGCAACUAUAAAUUCUAAAGAAAAUAAAGGAUCAAAAUUUGAAAUUGGCAGCUUUGUUGGUGGUAUUGCAUUAACACUGGGAAUUUUAUCUAUGCUUUACAUUGGAUGCAAAGUAUAUUAUUCAAGAAGAGGCAUUCAGUAUAGAACCAUUGAUGAACAUGAUGCCAUCAUUUAAGGAAAUCUAAGGACCAGUGGAAAGAAGAUUGAUGCAACCCUAUUGAUGAGUUUAAGACAAUAUUCUCUUUUUGUAAACAGUAUAAACAGGCCAUGCAUAUAAUGUACUAUAUAUAUAUAUAAAUAUGUAAAGAUUCCUCAUGAUUACUAAAGGUAAAGAGGAUUUGUUUGGGGUUUCAUUUGGAGCACACAGUUAAUGCAGUGGUUAUAUUCACUUUUAGGAAAUAGAUAGUAAGACAAGUCCUGUUCCAUUUUCUUGUGGCAUUUGGUCACGUAAGGCCAAUACUUGGAAGACAUCAUCUCUAAAGGGCACAGUGCCAUCUGGACAUACCAAUAAGGAGCUUAUCACAGCACUCAGGAUGUUGAGUGUCUUUACUGCUCACAUAGAGAACUCAGUGCUACACAGAGCUGGAUAUAUCCUCAUUACUAAUGUCACGCAGCAGAAAUUUUAUGGGUAAACCAGAUCCUAAGAAUAAUUUUAGUUUAAGUGUCUCUUCAAAAAACAUGAAUGUUUUAUGUUUUAGUACUUGGUUUAGAAACAAAACGCACCCCCCUCCCCAAAUAAAACAAAACAAAAAUCAAAUAGAAGCAGAAACAAUACAGGAGUGUAGCCCUGUUAGAGAGCCCGCAUUUUUAAUAACUUUUUUCAAGCUUUCAGUGGCAGUUGAUAUAAUGAUCUUUUUUCCCUGUCUGUAAUUUCAGUAAGUUGCAGUGUUUAACAGGAUAAUGUUUUAAAGUCUUAGUUGUUAGUAUUAAAUAAGAAAUUAGAUUAUUUGCUACUGUGAGAAUAUCGUCACCACUGGAAAUUGCUUUAUUUCAUAUUCAGCUAUUAUAUUAUUUAGUGAAUAUUUUUAAGAGAUGUAGAGUUGCUUUCAGUAUAUAGAAAUGUUUAAUGCAGCAUAAACACACCUAACUGGGGGUGGGGGGGAGCCGCUCAUGUGACUUCCGGAACAACGUUCAAAACUCUGUGCUUCAAUGUGGUUCUCCGCACUCCAGAUGAACGCUCUGUUUACCAAGCUGAGGACCACAGUGCUCCCCUCAAGCUACUAAACCCACAAGGUGAAAAUACUGCAUUUUUCUGCACUGUUGGUUUUACUGAAAAGUUUAGGGAAACAGCAUUUUUAGACUAAAAUACUAACGAAUUUUGAAAUAAAUUCUUAAUGAAGUUUUAAGACAGGAAUUCCUUAUUUGCAUCUUCUUCCCACCACUCCUCUCUUGCCGAAGAGGAGGCACUUUCCGAUGUAUUGUUUAACGGACGAAAAAAGUGUAGUACUGAUAGGAACACCACUGUUACCAACAUAUUUUGAAGUGUUUUUAGUUUUACAGUUUAUAUCCUAGCACUCAAAACUCAGGGUCAAGUUUUGACAAAAGAGGUAUUCAGUUAUACUAAGAUAGUGUUUCUGUUAGAUUAAUCAAAGUAAAACCACACCAAUUUCUAAUAGUCUAAAAAUGAGCUAAGAUACUCUAUCUAAUAAACCUGCAGCUACAUUUAACAGGAAUUUAAAGUAACUUUUGUGAUCAGCUGUUGGCUUAUGGAGACUAUAUCAUGAAAUUUGACAUAAAAGAAUCAUUUCUACUCCCUGUGCAUUAUGGCCAAUUGAUGGGAUGAAUGUGGAGGAUAAAAAUUAUCCAAAAUACGGAUGUGACAGGAUGUAUGUGCCAUGCUGUUUGGAGAAAAUACUAUGAAACUGGUAGGCCUUUUAUAGUAAUGGGGGCCUUUUAAAUUUAAGUUGUUUUAUCCCCUGCAUUCUUGAUAUUUCAGUACUUCAGAUAAGUCAGAACUUUGUAGACAGGGCUGAAGUUUUCUUGCAUACUUAUUUCUUUAGCACUUUGAAGAUAAAAGACCACGUUUUAAAUAAUAAAUGUCAUCAUAUGCCUUUAAAGUUUUCCAUGCUGUGGGUUUGAAAUAAUUUAGUUAUGUCUUUUCUCUGUAUAUAAGUUGUAUAAUUUGCUACUUUUAAGUACCAGUAUUUCUAUACAGUCAGGUUUUUUUGGUUAUGUGCAAAAAUUGAGGGAAACAGGGAGGCAAACCAAUAUUUUGCUUUGGAGCACAUUUUCUAAUUUUUUUCCUAAUUAUGUUGACUUAAAGCAAACAUUCAAUUUUGUUUGCAUUCUUUGAGAAUGUAUUUACUUGAAGAUGAAAGCAUUUCAGAUGUAUAUUAGGCAGAAUCCAUUCAGUGACUUUAAAAUUUCCUUGGAUAAUUCAUAAAAUAUAUAAUUCAAAUACAGAUACAUGAGAGUUGUCAGUAGAUUACAGGAAUAAGUUUGUAUUUUUCAGGAAAAAGUUUAAAGUGAAUUCCUCUUUUUUUCUUUUUAUUAUAAUGACCAGCUUUGGGUAUUCCAUUGUUAACUAAGAUCUAAGAUCUAUUUUUAGAAUAAAAUUUUGUUCACAAAGAGUUUUAUGUGGGUGGUUUUGCUUCAUUUCAUCUAACUCAGGAGAAAUUAACAGAAUAGGAAAACCCCAAAAUAAAAAGUCAGAUUGUUGACACUGUAAGCAUAGUUAUCUGAACCACGAGAAGCAUCUCCCGGAAACUUGUUAGGAGUGCAAACUCUUGAGUCCCCCACCCAAGACAUACUGAAACUGUGGGGUAGAGCCCAGCAAUCGAUGGUAUAACAGUCCUGCCAGGUGAUUCUCAUGAAUACCAAAGUUUGAGAAACACUGCUGAAAGAAUUUUCAUAAAUUUUUUAAAAUAGGUAUU